GAAUUAAACAAAAUAAAAAUAAAAAUGUUGUGGUAAUAUUUAUCUGGGCAUUGUCGGAAGUGGCAACCUUGUAUCUAUGUGGGGACCCAAGAGGUUGUGCGCGCUCUGUGUGGGUCUGUGACUGGGGAGAGGGGUCUGCAGAUCUGUGUCCCUCUGGGGGCUCCGUGCAUCUGUGCGUGCUUGCACGAUUGGCUGUAAUUAUCCGUGUCUGUGACCAGGCAACGGAGAGAGGUGGUUCAGAUGCUGGAGCCCAAUGUCAGGAUUCAUCCUGUUGUGUGACCUUGGGCCCAAACUCUCUGUGCGUUGGUUGCCUUAUUGAUAUUAGUAGUAUCUCGUGGUGGUGUUAUGAGAAUAAAACGUGGGGAUAUACGUAAAGUGUUUAACGCGGUGGCUGGUGCAUAGUGAGGGCCGUAAACUCUGGGUACGCCGUUCUUGUGGAGAGGCCGUGUGUAUGGCUGUGUGUGCGUGCGUAGAUGGGUGAGGGCCGGAGGUGUGUGUACGUGGGGAGUGGGUAUCCUUGAAGAGGUAUGUGUGGAGAAGAGCUCAGAGUCUCUGUGAGGUGCUGUGUGUAGGCGAGGUAAUGUGCGCGUCCAAGAAUGUGUCAGGAGGGCUGUGUGAAUCUGGGCGUAGGCCCCGUGUGCCAUUUGAGACGUGUGUGUGUCUUCCUGUGAGAAGACCUCCAUUCUCACCCUGCAACCUUUGUCUUCAUCUUGUCCCCAUCUGUCCCCUCAGUGCCUGAAAUCCUUUCCCUCCCUGGGCCCUGGGUGGCCUCACCCUCUACCUGUAUUCUCUCCCCAGCUCUGACCAGCCUUCAGUGUCCUGGGGCCUUUCAGACACAGUGGUUGCGCCCCAGGGGAGGGGUCCCGAGGGGAAGAUCCGCAGCAAUGGCUUAGUGAGCACGGGCUAUUUUAGGGCUCUUACCACAGCCCGCCUUCGCAGUUCACCAGAUGGGUGUCCCUCCCCUACACACGCAGGAGAACAGUUACGGUGAAGAGUGAGAGGUGCUGGUAGGUCUAGAGUGGGGGUCGGGGCACUGAUGUGACAGAGCCAUCGGCUAGGCAGCUGGAUCUGGUGGAGCCAGGAAGCCUUCCUGGAAGAGGUGAGUGUGCUCAGUAGGAGGGGCAGGAUCCAGAGAGAAGAGGAGGAGGCUAUCCAUAAGGGAACUGGACUUAGGGGUCAAGAAAGGCAAGACGAGGGCACCCGUCACGAAGGUCCUCAGCCCCUCUGGGAGAAAUCAGGGUUCACUGGGUUGGCCCCACCCUACAACUGUCCAUUCCUCUCACAUCUUAGGAAACCGAGCCCUCUCCCCAGCAGUUCCUCUCUAAGUGUUGCAAUGGCAGAGUUUCUGGCGGGGCGUGGGGAGCCCUUGCUCAAUGAUCUGCCGGCCCUGUUGCUCAGAGGACAUAGCUACCGGGAAAGCCUUGGCUUGUUUAGGGGCUCCCCAAGGGAUCCUGGUGGCCCUGGCUUGUGACCUGGGCCUUUUUUGACGUGGGGGUAGGAACCAGCUCUGGAGGUCUCUGGCCCCUCCCGAGGACCAUGCCGCAGCCCCACUGACCCAGGAGUAGGGGCCUGAGGGCAGGGCACCUGGAAUGGGCUGUGUGUUCUGCAAGAAGUUGGAGCCGGGGACCAAGGAGGAUGUUGGCCUGCAAGGGGACUUCAGGGGCAGUGGGGCUGUGGACCACUACGGCCCUGACCCUACUCAGGCCCGGCCUGUGUCCUCCUUUGUCCAUAUCCCCAACUACAACAACUUCCCCACUCAGUCCACCAGCACCCCCUUCCUCGAUGGGGGCGUCAUCAGGGGCAUCUCAGGGGCUGGGGUGACCCUGUUCACCGCUCUGUAUGACUAUGAGGCCCGGACAGAGGAUGACCUCACCUUCACCAAGGGUGAGAAGUUCCACAUCCUGAAUAACACUGAGGGUGACUGGUGGGAAGCUCGGUCUCUCAGCUCUGGACAAACUGGCUACAUUCCCAGCAACUACGUGGCCCCUGUGGACUCCAUCCAGGCUGAAGAGUGGUACUUUGGAAAGAUCGGGAGGAAAGAUGCGGAGAGGCAGCUGCUCUCCCCGGGGAACGCCCGGGGGGCCUUCCUCGUUCGUGAGAGUGAGACUACCAAAGGUGCCUACUCCCUGUCCAUCCGAGAUUGGGACGAGGCCAGAGGCGACCAUGUGAAGCAUUACAAAAUCCGCAAGCUGGACACGGGUGGCUAUUACAUCACCACACGGGCCCAGUUCAACUCAGUGCAGGAGCUGGUGCAGCACUACGUUGAGGUGAACGAUGGGCUAUGCCACCUGCUCACAGCGGCCUGCACCACCAUGAAGCCGCAGACAAUGGGCCUGGCCAAGGACGCCUGGGAGAUCAGCCGCAGCUCCAUCACGCUCCAGCGCCGGCUAGGCACCGGCUGCUUCGGAGACGUGUGGCUGGGCAUGUGGAAUGGCAGCACGAAGGUGGCGGUGAAGACGCUGAAGCCGGGAACCAUGUCCCCGAAGGCCUUCCUGGAGGAGGCGCAGAUCAUGAAGCUGCUGCGGCACGACAAGCUGGUGCAGCUGUACGCCGUGGUGUCGGAGGAGCCCAUCUACAUCGUGACAGAGUUCAUGUGCCACGGUAGCUUGCUGGAGUUCCUCAAGGACCAGGAGGGCCAGGAUUUGACACUGCCCCAGUUGGUGGACAUGGCAGCCCAGGUAGCUGAGGGCAUGGCCUACAUGGAGCGCAUGAACUAUAUCCACCGCGACCUGAGGGCAGCCAACAUCCUUGUUGGGGAACGGCUGGUGUGCAAGAUCGCUGACUUCGGGCUGGCCCGUCUCAUUGAGGAUAAUGAGUACAACCCCCGGCAAGGGGCCAAGUUCCCUAUCAAGUGGACAGCCCCCGAGGCUGCUCUCUUUGGCAGAUUCACCAUCAAGUCAGAUGUGUGGUCCUUUGGGAUCCUGCUCACUGAACUCAUCAGCAAGGGCCGAGUUCCCUACCCAGGCAUGAAUAACCGGGAAGUGUUGGAACAGGUGGAGCAUGGGUACCACAUGCCAUGCCCUCCGGGCUGCCCAGCGUCCCUGUACGAGGCCAUGGAGCAGACCUGGCGUCUGGACCCAGAGGAGAGGCCUACCUUCGAGUACCUGCAGUCCUUCCUUGAGGACUACUUCACCUCCACAGAACCCCAGUACCAGCCUGGGGAUCAGACAUAACCUGUUUGAGCAUCCGUCACCUUUCUAGGGUACCCACCAAUCCCUUCCAAUCCCCAGGGCUCCGGUCCCAAAGCCCCAGGCUUAGAACCCUACAGGGUCCUAGCAGGUCAGAGCAACCUGCUUGCUCUGACACCAUCGAGGCCAAUCCACUCAUUUUAAAGGUGGGGUAAAUCGAGGCUUGGAGAUCAUCCCUCACUCUGGCCCCAAGCACUGUUUCCCCCCUUCCCACUUAGACCCCUACCUCUCAACUCUCUUCCCACCUCUCCUCUAACAGAAAUGCUGAGACUUAGUCUAGUUAUUUAUAAAACUGUAAUCCUUUCCCUCAUUUUCCUCCUAUCCCUGUUUUUUUACCCUGUCAUCCCGCCCUGAAUUCACCUCCAACUCAAUUCUCUUGUGUCUGUAUUUUGCAAAGACAGGGAAAGUCUUUCCUGCUGGGUGGACACUGUAGUCCGGGACGGGGGUCCAAGCCCAGGGUGAGGGAGAGGCUUGCUGAGGGCUCACCACCUCUCUGAAUCAUGUGUGUGUUUAUUGAUUUUGUAAAUAAGAAAAGUGAUAAUAUGAAUCCUUGAGCCAUGAAAAUCCCUUCUGUUAGGGCAAAUGGUGGCCAGAGGAAGGUGAGUGUGACUGCUUUGGCUGCUGGGAGGAGGGAAAGGCGAGAGAGUGCCCUAACGCCUACUAAACACAAGGAACUCAAAGUGUGUUUUAGGAUACCCAAAAGUCCUGAUGUUUGUCCCCAUGUGAAUUUAGGACACGUUGAGAGAUGGAUAACAGAAGAUAGGCAACUGGAGAUCAAAAUGUCCCCUUCAUUACUGAAGUGGCUUUCCAUC